UCUCCUGUUCACUUCUGAAUUUUUUUAAAAAUGACUGAAACUCCUCUACUGAAUAUUUCCUCCUCAAACCAGAGUGAAAAUCAGAGCAACUCAACUGUUUGCCCAGACUUGGAAGACUGGUGGGACAUCGUGUACUAUAUAGUACCCAAGUACAUCAACACUGUCUGUGUUAUUGGUAUGCUUGGAAAUGUGUUUGUUCUCUUAAUUUAUUCACUGCACAAAGGCCCCCUGAAGAUAGCUGAAAUCUACCUUAUGAACCUAGCUGUUGCUGAUCUUAUCUUCCUCAUGUGCCUCCCUUUCUGGGCAGAGAACAUCAAUAAAGAGUUCAACUGGCCCUUUGGCACUUUCCUGUGCCGCAGCAUCAGCACCUCCAUCACCUUGAACAUGUACACCAGCAUCUACUUGCUCGUGGCCGUCAGCGUGGAUCGCUAUUUGACUUUUGUCCACACCUUGAACCACAGAGAAAUAUGGAGCAAAACUAUGACCAAAAGGAUCUGCUUGCUCAUCUGGUUCUUUUGCAUCCUUCUGAGCAUCCCAGCUUUCACAUUCCGGACAGUGAAAUACUUUCCCCAGUGGAAUAUUUCAGCGUGCACUUUGGACUUCCCCACCCCAUCGUGGGAAACAGCUGAAAACCUGGUUGGCAAUGUGCUGGGGUUUCUGCUGCCAUCCACAGCAAUCACCUUCCUCAACUUCUCCACCAUUCGGUCCCUACAAAAAACAGCAAGAGAACGAAGAGCGCUCGGAGCAAAGGGUUACAAGUGGCACAAAGGCACAAAGGCAACCAGGCUGAUCUUCACUGUGGUACUGAUGUUUCUCUUCUGCUGGACUCCUCACCAUUUUUUUUUAUUCCUUGAUAUUUUAUACCGUACAGAAGUGAUAAAGGGCUGCUUCUGGGGGGAACUGAUCAACUUUGGGGAGCAGUUUGCUUUUAUGCUGGCUACCACCAACAGCUGCAUUAACCCCGUGAUUUAUGUCUUUGUUGGGAAAUACUUCAGGAAAAAGGCUUUAGAAGUUUUUUCACAGUUUAUUCCCUGUGGCUUUCCUUUGAGAUGGGUAUCUUUCAAAGAAAUGUCUUCAAAUUUCAAAAUGUUUCCAGUCAAGAGUAGUUUAACAUAAUGGUUCUCAGUUCCAUCUUCAUUUUGAUAUUACAACUUAUUUUAUGCCACUGCAAAUGGCAUUAAAAAUUAAUAUGAAAUG